UCUGGUCAAAACGAUUUCAACGAACGAGCCCAACGGACAUCUGUUUCUAGUCCGCCACUGAGCAAGCUAUUUUUUUCAUCCGACCCCACGAGAAUCGACCCAAGCAAGCUUUCCAAACGAUGGGCAUCGGCUAUGGAGCCUCCGACGAGCAGCUGGAGAAGCAAAUUGGCUGCGUGAAGUACACGCUCUUCUGCUUCAACAUCGUGGCCUGGAUGAUAUCCACAGCGCUGUUCGCCCUGACCGUCUGGUUGAGGGCUGAGCCCGGCUUCAACGACUGGCUGCGCAUCCUGGAGGCGCAGUCCUUCUACAUCGGCGUGUACGUGCUCAUUGGCAUCAGCAUUGUGAUGAUGGCCGUCAGCUUCCUCGGCUGCCUGAGCGCACUCAUGGAGAACACCCUGGCUCUGUUUGUGUUCGUGGGCACCCAGGUCUUUGGGUUCAUCGCCAUUGUGGCCGGGUCGGCGGUCCUAAUGCAGUUCAGCACCAUCAACUCGAGCCUGCAGCCGCUGCUGAAUGUAUCGCUGCGCGGUUUUGUGGCAACAUCCGAGUAUACGUACUCGAACUACGUGCUGACCAUGAUCCAGGAGAACAUCGGCUGCUGCGGGGCCUCCGGGCCAUGGGAUUAUCUCGACCUGCGCCAGCCUUUGCCAAGCUCCUGCCGCGACACCGUCAGCGGCAACGCCUUCUUCAACGGAUGCGUAGACGAGCUGACCUGGUUCUUCGAGGGCAAAACCGGCUGGAUUGUGGCUCUGGCCAUGACUCUCGGCCUACUCAACGUCAUCUGCGCGGUUAUGAGCUUCGUGCUUGUGCAGGCGGUGAAAAAGGAGGAGGAACAGGCCAGCAACUAUCGCCGCUGAAGCCUAGCCUCGUUAAUCUAGUUAAUAGCGACAAGUGACCCUUCGAUAGAUCUAAGAAUUCAUACCCAGUUCGAACAAUAAGUACAAUAAAGAUUGCGACCCCCACAAGGAAA